GCCGUGACGGAAAGCGCGGAGAAAACGGACCUCAGGGCAAGGCUGGUUUCUGAAGCACUGUACUUCGUACUGUACCUAGGUACUUACUUCUUACAGUGCAGUGCAAGUGCAGUGACGAGCUGGAACUUGGAACCACAUAACUCUUCCUCCCUUCGGCUCCUCUUUCUCCUCUCCGUCCUCUCCCCCCUCCCAAAGUGAACACCACCCCAACCGACUGAAAGAGGUGAUACACCUGUCCUCUCUUCCUUUCCUUCGCCUCAUCUCUCCUCUCCUCUCCCCACCACCCCACCUCCACCCCUUAUCUCCCUCGUUUUCUGUUCUUCGGAGCUGGUCUCACUCCAGGGGCUGGUCCAAUAUUCUCCGUCUCUGCUGCUGCCACUUGGUCCCUUUGGUGUCACUGCACCCCAUGAUGAUGGAGCUUACAUUGCCGGUCCUCUAAUCCAUUCAGCUCCCCAAUGAGUUCAUUCGGCAGCCUUCUCUUCGUUUAUGUCCUUGGUGGACUCACGUUUAUCCCUCUGGUCCUAUCGCUAUUCCUCCUCUAUGCCUAUCUGACUGCAACAUCCCCGCCCUCUCACCUAACCCGCCAACCCGCACACGACUCCCUGCAACGCGAUAACGAUGAUCAAUACAGCCUAAAGUCCGGGACCGAUGAGCUGGCGGAGAAGUUCCAUCGUACGCAUGACUCGGACGUGGCCGCCGGAUAUUUCGCCGUUUGUCGUGAAUAUGUUCCCGGGGGUGUCAAUGGGAAACCUCCGGAACGAACCACCCCGGCGGGUGAGGUGAUCGCCGCGGAGAGCCCCAGCGUCUACCAAGCCAUGUAUAGAAGUUUAUUCGAUCGCAAGCAGACGCCGACUAUCGAACCGACUAAAAAUGUUACCAAGAACGGAAAGCGGGCGCGCAAUGUAUUCUACAUUGUGCUUCGGCAUGGGCACUUGAUGCUCUACGAUAAUGCGAACCAAGUGGAAGUCCGAUACGUCAUUUCCCUUGCCCACCACGACGUGAGCAUUCAUGGCGGAGAGGGAGAAAUUCCGGAAGGAGAGCUAUGGCUGAAAAGGAACGCUAUCUGCCUCUCGCGGCGUUUGGAGUCAUUGGGAGACCUCGGAGGCCCCACGCCACCGUUCUUUUUAUUCUCGGAGAACCUGUCGGAGAAGGAGGACUUCUACUUCGCCAUGCUCCAGAACCAGUCCAGGCUGUGGAACUCCGCGGAUAGCCCUCCGAAGCAUCAGGCCUUCGAUACCAAGCACAUUGUGACGCUUGUGCAGCGACUUCAUUCCUCCGAGGAACAGCUGCAAACCCGCUGGAUCAACGCCGUCCUAGGUAGGUUGUUUCUUGCGAUGUACAAGACGCCGGAGAUGGAGGAUUUCAUCAGGAAGAAGAUCACCAAGAAGAUAUCUCGCGUCAACAAGCCGAAUUUUAUCAGCAAGAUCGGUCUACAAACGAUAGACAUGGGGGAAGGGGCCCCCUUCAUUAUCAACCCAAGGCUCAAGGAUCUGACUGUCGAUGGCACCUGUUGCGUGGAGACGGACGUGCAGUAUACCGGCAAUUUCCGGGUUCAGAUCUCGGCUACCGUCCGUAUCGAUCUGGGUCCUCGCUUCAAGGCCCGGGAAGUCGAUAUUGUCCUAGCGGUUGUCCUGAAGAAACUCGAGGGGCAUUUGCUCAUUAAGUUCAAACCGCCUCCGAGUAAUCGGAUCUGGAUAUCAUUUGAAACCAUGCCCAACAUGGAGAUGAAUAUUGAGCCGAUCGUGAGCUCCAAGCAGAUUACCCUUGGUAUCAUCCUACGUGCCAUUGAAAGCCGAAUCCGUGAAGUGGUCGCGGAGAGCUGUGUUCUGCCAUUCUGGGAUGAUAUACCAUUCCUGGACACUCAACCCCAGCGUUUCCGUGGCGGAAUCUGGCAGAGAGAUAUUCCGAAACCUGAUGAGAAAGCGGAUAUCCCGGAUGAAUCUGAUGCGCAGCCUCCGAUGCCUGGGGGUGUCCCAGAUCAGUCCGUGGAAAUAUUGAAGAUGAAGGACGAACGCACGAUGAGUGCGCCUGCGCUCGGAGAGUCAGGUACCGCGACCUUGAAGGCCCGCAAGGCCUCGAAGGCCUCUAUUUGGGACUCCGAAAAGAGUGGCACAAGCGCCCUGUCUUCUGCUGUCGAGAAACUGGGUACCUCGCCUCCAAGAGUCAUCCGUUCCCAGACCUUCUCCCACGCCGCGGACCCCGUGGUGACGGCCGAUCAUGUAGGGUUCGACCGAGUCUCAUCCGAAUCCAAGGGAGAGGAAAAGAUCAACGCAACCAGCACGAUGAACGAGGUUUCCACCCGUUCCCCGCCUAGCUCACCAGAAAGGACACCUGGCACUUCACCUCCCAUCGAUAGUCACUUGGUCCCAACAAGUGCUUCUCAGAGCCGCGAGCCUUCCAUUAUCGAGUCGGUUGACAGCUCUCGAGAGUCUUAUGGUGAUUUGCCCACACGACCCCCUUCGAUUCAUCACGGCAGUGAGUCGUCGAUGAACGUAGACAACAUGACGAAUGCUUCAACCACAUCCUUGAGCAGCAAUAAAUCGCGACGGCGGAGCACGAUGGAGACAUUGACUCGAUCUCUUACAUCCGCAACAAACUCCGAUGUCAAGUCACAAGCCUCUCUGACCUUCAACACGGCAACGUCCGUGGCCAAGAAAUGGGGAUGGAACGUGUUUGGCAAGGGGGAUUCCAGCUCCGGUCAGGAUGUCGCCCGUCCUGCUGGUACACCGGAGCAGCCGAUUGGGCGUGGCCAUCCCCUCCCACCCCCAGGCACACCGCUGCCGCGACCUGACAAGGUCAGCUACAGACGAACUGGAAGUUCGACGGUUGUCCCCAAACGCAAGCCGGUUAGCCACGCACCGCUUCCCGAGCAUAAGCCGGAGAAAGAGAAUCACCGACCGGUUCCAAAACCUCCUUUGCCGCCCCGAAGAAAGCCUGUGUAUUAUCCCGAUGACAGCAGUAGCCGUCCUAACGAACUAUUGGUGGUUGAAGCGCCAUAUGAUUCAGGUCCCAACAGCCCGGUUGUUGACAUGACCCCGGAAGGAACAUUGGCAACAACACCGAAGGAAGCUGACGCAUCACGACAAUCACUGUCGGAUGAAACUCAGAAUCAUGGUAGUCUCGUGGAAGCGAACGCAGAUCAGGCAGCAUCCGAGCCAAAACCAACGCCGGUAGCCUCCGUGGUCAACCCCGACUCUGGAAAACACGGAAUGGAAUGGCUGUCAGCCACAGACGGAAUCAUUCCUUGAGAGAAUGAACUGAUCGUUGCAUGCCAUUGUGUCUUCUAUGGUGUCUGUAUUGUUGAUGGCCAUACAUCGCAGAGCGCUGUGCGUUCCCCAUGGACGUCUCGCGUAGAGCCAUCAUGAUGAUAGGAAAGGCUGGAUUGGGCUGGCUACUCAAGCAGCUUCAGGUGGCAGCAGACUACCACUAUAUCAGACUUAACUUAUAUCACUUGCUGCAUUUCUUUUCUCGGCUGGUUCUUGAGCGCGCAAGGUGCACGGCAACAGGAGGCGUUGUGGAUUGUUUGGCUGUAAUUCGAAUACGAUUAGUUCUACUGAGGUAGUGUGGGACUGGUGAAAUAUAGAAGGUGAAGUAGA